ACAAAAUGUAUGCAACAGCAGAUGGCACUCCGGAAAUAGAUGUGCCUGCAUUUUUAACACCUAAGCAGAGUAUCUCUUUACCUAACAUAGAAGCCCAGGACUUUACCGGCGGAGGGGUCGAGACUGGACAUUUUAUGCCAUUCAUUGGUACCAUGUAUUUGCCUGCUAGAGAGGCAAGCGUGAUGUCAGAAAAAGCUACUGAAACCUAUAUCGGUAUUAAUAGCUAUUCUGCAAGUCAUAUUCAAGGUGUAGAUGACCCAAGCUUUAUAUCUUACUUCCAAAGAAUUUACUUAAAAUAA